AUGCAGUUGUUGGAUGAGGUAUCAAAGAAUAACAGGGGAUGGUAUACUAGAGAUGCAAAGGUAGGAGAUCUUGGGUACACAUUUGAGCUUUCAGCUGAACAGAGGAAGAGAAAAGAAGAAAGGGACCAAGACAUGGCACAUAUGAGGACAGAAAAAGAUCUUCUCACAAAGCAUAUUGUUCCCAAGUCUGAAAAGGUAAAUGUUAUGGGACAUCAAAACAUGUAUGAGGCUCAGGACAUCAACUUCGAUGAGGAAGCUAACUAUUUGGGUAACCAAGGAGGUUUCCAAAAUUACAACUCUGGAAAUCAGGGUUACAACUCUGGAAACGCAUGUCGGAAUUACAUUAGGGAUGGUCAAUAUGAUAGGUCAGCAAAUAGAGAGCGAGGAAACUGGCAGAAUAGAUAUGGGUACAUAAAUUAUCGCAGUAGUGUUUAUGUGCACCCAGGUAAUAGAGACCGGGCAUGUGGUAGUUCUAGUGAGUCUAAGCUGGAAGACAAGAUGGCCAAGAUUGAGCAACAGUUGGGGAAACUUUCAGCCUCAUUAAACCAAAGGAAGAAUGGAUCACUACCAAGUGACACCAUCCAAAAUCCUAAGAAGGAUGGGCACUGCAUGGCCAUCACCACUAGGAGUGGUAAAGUUCUUACUGACCCUAUUUCUGCAGGUACUAAAGAUGAACAAAUAUUGGAGCAAGCUGGCAGAGAAGAGGAUGAAGCUGAACAGGUAGAUGACUUGGAGGAUCUUCAGCCUAAAGCACAACCUGUGAGAGGAAAAGAUAAAGAGGUCGAGGAAAACAUGCCUUUAAAGCAAAUUCCCAAACCACCACCUCAUUUCCCUCAAACACUCAAAAAGAAAGCUGAAGAUGGAAAGUUUACAAAAUUUAUCACCAUAUUGAAGCAGCUUUCAGUAAGCAUACCACCGGUGGAAGCCCUGGAACAGAUGCCAGGAUAUGCCAAGUUCAUGAAGGACUUGGUUACAAAAAAGAGAGUUGUAAGUCUUAAUUUUAUUAACGAUGUUCAUCAUUGCAGCGCCAUUGCUACCAGAACUCUGGUUCAGAAGAAGGAAGAUCCAGGUGCAUUCACUAAGCCAUGCACUAUUCAGUCAAUUAAAUUUGCAAAACCUUUGUGUGAUCUAGGAGCCAGCAUCAACUUGAUGUCAUUAGCCAUCUACAAGAAAUUGGGAUUGGGGUUCCAAGACCCACAACAAUGA